GAGCAGUUUACGGUGCAGUAGCACAUGAGGCUAAGAAUAUGGCCCACGCGUAUACAAUUGCUAGAGAAUGUCUACGUCAUUCAUCUGAUAAUCAUACUUCUCCUGAUUUAGAGCCGGACCCAGAUUCAGACGAGGACUCAGAUGCG